UUAAAGUCAUGUAUGAUCGGAGACCGUGGAAGUGGACCAUGGAUUGCUGGGAAGUCACUGGUACAAAACCCAAGUUUGUGACUCCAUCGAAAAGAGCCAAAGAGAUGGUUGUGGAGGAGGUGGAGGAAGACAAUCAGAGACCUCGGAAGAAAGCUCGUAAAGAGGCUCCUAAAGAGGCUCCUAAAGAGGCUAGAGAAGAGGCUCCUACAGAGGCUACAGAAGAGGCUACAGAAGAGGCUAGAGAAGAGGCUAGUUGGGUGACCAGAGAGGAGUUAGAAAACAUGUUCAAGGACUUAAGAAGUGGCUUAGGUGACAUGAUGAAAGAUGGGUUUAAGAAGUGCAUCAGGGAGAUUAGGAAGAUCUCCGAUAGAUUGGAAGCUGUGGAGAAGAAGGUUGGUGUCACCAAUCAGGCUACCCCUCAAGCCCCAGAAACCGGGGUUAGUAAAAAACACCCUACCCCACAAGCCCCAGAAACCGGGGUUAGUAACAAACAGACUACUCCUCAAAAGGAUCAGCCUACACUUCAAACCAAUCAUCCUACUCCUCCCACCAGACAGCCUGCUCCUCAAAAGGCAAAGCCUACUCCUCAAAAGGCAAAGCCUACUCCUCAAACGAAACAGCCUGCUCCUCAAACUAAACAGCCUGCUCCUCAAACGAACAGCCUGCUCCUCAAACUAAACAGCCUGCUCCUCAACGAAACAGCCUGCUCCUCAAACGAAAAAGCCUUCUCCUCAAAAGAAACAGCCUUCUCCUCUGCCCAAAGAGAGAUUGUUGCCGGAGGAUACAGCAGAUGAGGCGAUCUCGGUAUAUAAGAUCUUGCCGGAGGAUAAAGCAGAUGGUGUCACCUCCAAAGAGAUUGUUCCUC